CCGAAAGUAACUGCAGAAAACACACAGAUAGCAAGAGAAAGCGCUGAUCGUUGAAUUUGAUGCAUGUCAUGUCCUAGAAAACAUUUAUCAUUUACAAGCUUAUCACAAGACUCAAAAGGGGUUUUAUUAAAUUUGAUUACGGAGGAUUUUUCCUUAUUUCCGCUUCUGGUUUAUGUUGUUGUUUUCGUGACGCGAAAUCGAAAGUGUUUUUAAACAAGCAAUUUCUCAUUAAGACCAUUUGGUUAUUCUACAUGGCAGUGCAUUAGUUUGUAACUCACUUUAUUUUAUAGUGUUUUUUGUUGCUGUGUCUGUUAACUGAACAUAUUUCUUCAUAUGAAGAGAGGAAGAGAAGAGAGGAAAGAUGAGUCUCUCACACAAACAGAGUGUAAGAUCAGACUCACAUGUGUCCAGCUCUGUGUCUGUGAAGAGUGACCGGUCAAAGGAUAAUCCACCAUUCUUCAGUGAAGAAACAACAUCACGAACCAAACGGCUUCAGUGUGAAACAUUAGAUCCAGAUUUACAGUCUCACAGGAAACACAAGAAUUUUACAGACAGUCUCCUGCAGAUCUUCCAGGAUCUUGAGAGCAAAAUAAUGACAUUUCUGAAAAAAGAACUGGAAAAGUUUAAUAAAAUAUUACAAAAAGAGGACAUGCAAUACUUGGUGAAGGACUUUAAUGAGAACAGAUGCAGUAUGAAAGAAGCAGCUCUUGAUCUCACGCUCUACUUCCUGAGAGAGAUGAAGCAAGAUGAAGCUGCUGAUACUCUAGAAAAUGAUCUGGUCUUCAUUCAUCAGCUAAAGUGUAGCCUAAAGAAGAAGUAUCAAUGUGUGUCUGAAGGAAUUGCAAAGCAAGGAGACUCUACACUUCUGAAGAACAUCUACACAGAUCUCUAUAUCACUCAGGGUUGUAGUGAACAGGUCAAUACUGAACAUGAGGUGAGACAGAUUGAAGUUGCUUCCAGACGUCAUGAAUCACAGGAAAUACAGGUUGAGUGCAAACAUUAGUUUGAAGCACCUGAACAAGACAAGCAGAUCAGAACUGUACUGACAAAAGGAGUUGCUGGCAUCGGAAAAUCAGUCUCUGUGCAGAAGUUUGUUCUGGAUUGGGCCGAAGGAAAAGAAAAUCAAGAUAUCAGUUUCAUAUUUCCUCUUCC